AAUGCUCAACAAAUUAUUGAUUGUUUUGUUGACUUCCUUAUUCUUCACGGUGGAAGCUGAAAAUCAAUUGACUAUAGCAUUUGGAUCAUGCUUCAAAUUUUACAGAACUCAUGAUACAGAUGUCUUCAAAAGGAUUUAGUCAUUUAAUCCUAAAUAUUUUUUAUGGUUGGGAGAUGCAGCUUAUAUUGAUUAUAUGCCUAUUUUAGGUAUUUGGAGAGCUGAAUAGAAUGAGACCAGAGUCAAGGAGAAAUUUGAUAUCACCAAUGAUGAUAAAUAUUAUGCUCAAUUCAAGAAGAAUGUAAUCAUCAAAGGAGUCUAUGAUGAUCAUGAUAGCAAUGAAAAUAAUGGAGGCAAAUUCAAUCCUCUUAAAGAAAGCGCCAAAUAAUUGUAUUUGGAUUUUAUUGGUGAACCCAAAGAUUCUCCACUCAGAAAAUAGGAUGGCAUUUACUAAUCUUUUUAUGCUGAUUAACAUAAUAAGGUUCUGGUUGUUAUGACUGAUGCAAGAUACAAUUCAGACAAAUUCACAGGCGAUUCCCUCGGAGAAAAUCAAUGGAAAUGGUUAGAAGAAUAAUUUUAAACUGAAAGCUAAUUGAUCAUCAUGACUUCUGGAGUCUAAGUUUUGCAUGACGAUAGAGAUGGACCAGAAACCUGGUUUGGAUGGUCCAAGCAAAAAUUAUACGCUUUAAUCAAAAAGUACAAUAAGCCUAUCAUUUUCUUAUCUGGAGAUGUUCAUUAUUCCGAAAUUCUGAAGCAUCCUUGUCCUCAUCGAUUGGGUUAGAAUCUCUAUGAGUUCACCUCAAGUGGAAUGACAUUUGCUAACUACGAUCAUAUUCCCUUUGUGGAUAUUAUUUUCUAAUUCCUAUUUCCAACUACCUUUAGUAGUUAUUAGGAUCACUAUUACAAAUCUAAUUUUGGAAUCUUAAAGAUAAUAACCAAUGAUCAAAAUUCGCCUAUAAGGAUUGAAUUUGAGACUCAUUCAAGCCAAGAUUCAAGUGUUGUGUUAUCAAAGACCAUCUUGAUUGAAGAACUUCAAAAAUAAAAAUUUGAUGAAACCUAAUCCUGCAUAUUAGAUGUACCAAUAACAGAGAGACAAUGGUAGAAUUAUAAGUUGAGAUUUAAUGAAAACAUUGUAGUAGUGAUUGGUUCACUAUUUUUAGGAUUGUUAUUCAUUAUCUUUUUAAUUUAUAAUAUUAUAUCAUAUGUUUCCAAAUUUUUAGAGUUAUACAAAUAGAUAUAAAAGAAUAAAUAAAAACUUAAAUAAGAGUGA